UUCGCUUAUUUUGAAAAUAAUAAACCGGAAGAGGUGUUAACGCAGAUUGUUGCUGUCAACAGCGCUGAAGUCUACGGCGACAACAGACGCCACAAAGCCCGUCGGGUGACUCUACAGACGCAUCUGCACAAAUACGGACGCUGGCUGCUGCUCUCUGGAAGUCUGUGUGUGUGUGUAUGUGGGUGUCCGAGACAUCAUUGUGCUAGUUUGUGUGAGUGUGUGCGUGUAGCGCCGUUCCUGCCGUGUGUGUGUGAUGUCUUCGGAGCUGCUGGUGGAUUUGGGUGAAGAGCCUGCGACGGCACAGUUGGAACAGCUGAAGCUGGCCACGAUAGAGGACCAGCAGUGGCCCGCUGAUGAGACUACACUCUGCAAGUCAGAGACGGACCUCUCCCAGCGCUUCGACGCUGACUCUCCCCACCUGCCCUGGGACCAUCCCUUCUAUGACAUUGCCAGGCACCAGAUUAUUGAAGUGGCAGGUGAUGAUAACUUUGGCAGGAAGGUGAUCGUGUUUAAUGCCUGCAGGAUGCCUCCACACCACCAGCUGGACCAUCACAAGCUUCUGAUGUACCUUAAAGGAACACUGGAUCAGUAUGUGGAAAGUGACUACACUCUGAUCUAUUUCCAUCACGGGCUGACCAGUGAAAACAAACCAUCUCUCAGCUGGCUACGAGACGCGUACAGGGAGUUUGACAGAAAGUACAAGAAGAACAUCAAGGCUCUGUAUAUCGUCCACCCCACCAUGUUCAUCAAGACUCUGCUGAUCCUCUUCAAACCGAUCAUCAGUUUUAAGUUUGGCAGGAAGAUCAACUACGUGAGCUAUCUGAGUGAACUGGAAGACGUGGUGAAGUGUGAGCAGCUCAUCAUUCCUGCCCGUGUCAAAGAGUACGACAACAAGCUGAGAGCGUCAAUAAAGCCGACUGCCCAGCCUCCCACGUCUCCUCUUCACAGCCCUCCGCUCCCGGGCCAGGUGUUUGGGGUGCCGCUCAAACUGCUCAGACAGAGGAGUGACGGUGAUUCAGUUCCUGUGGUGAUGAGGGACACCAUUACCUUCCUGUUAGAGCAAGGUUUGGAGAUCGAGGGGAUUUUCAGACGGUCUGCCAAUGUGACUCUGGUGAAGGACGUCCAGCUCAGAUACAACUCAGGUGAGACGGUGAAUUUCAGAGAGCUGGAAGACGUCCACUUGGCCGCUGUGAUUCUGAAGACGUUCCUGAGGGAACUACCUGAGCCUCUGCUGACCUACCAGCUCUACAAUGACAUUGUCAACUUCACCUCUGUAUCCGGUGACGGCCAGGCGGAAGUCAUGAAGGCACUGGUAGAGUCGCUGCCAGAGGAAAACUACGAUUCACUGCGAUACCUCAUCACAUUCCUGGCACAGGUAUCUGCCAACAGUGAUGUGAAUAAGAUGACCAACAGUAACCUGGCUGUUGUGUUUGGUCCGAACUUGCUCUGGGGGCGGGACAACGCCAUGUCACUCAGCGCCAUUGGGCCAAUCAACAACUUCACCAGAAUCUUGCUGGACCAGCAGCAUCUGGUCUUUACCUAAAUCCCGCCUUUCUCUUCCCGUCAGAAACACCACUGAGACCCCCCCCCUUCCCUUACAGCAUUUAGUCCACCUGCUCCUGUUCUAUCAGGAGCUUCAUCAGGGUACUUCUCCGCCUACAGCACUUAGACAAGACCAUUUCAUCUGCUUUUCCAUUAAAAUUCCAUGCACUUUAAAAAGCUCCUGUGGACCAACUGCAUUUCAUUUAGUCUCCCCUUCAGUCUUUACAUCCUGAUUGGCCCAUCAGGCGUGUCUUGCUGUUACGUAAAGUGGUCUGGACUGCUGCUAGCUUCUGGCCAUGUGACUCCAGGCAUGACGCAGAUGUGGAGGGAGAUGGUACAUACAUUUGACAGGAGCCAAACACCUCUCUAUAAACAAGUUCUAGCACAAAAUCCCACACAAAGUUCACACUGGGUCACUUUGACCUGACUGUGGAGACCAAAGGCGCAGAUUUAACCCCUGUAGAUGGAGGCAGUGUCAAAGCCUUGCCUUUUAUCCAGUCAACAGAGCUACCUGACACAUACUAAUAGUCUAGUAGUAGUUAUAAACAAAAUAAAGGUUGAAAGGUCCACUCCCUUUUUUGUGCCACCAAAUUCUGUGAUUCUCUCACGCUGACGAUAUGCCGAUGUUGCCAAACUGUCAAACUUUGCCAAAACUUUGUCUUGAAGCUGAGUAAACCGAACGACAUAUUGACAUAUUCCCACUUAUCGACCAGUACUUUGGGUUUCAUGUCAUGUCUGCGCCACUCAGCUUCUCCCCAUCAGAAAACACAACAGACUGAAUUCUGAAGUGAAAUGUGAAACAACACUUCAGUGCUCUAUAACGUGCCGUAACGUAACCAGGAAGUGAAUCUUUCAGGACGUUAAUAUUUAUUAAUCACGUUGGUCCCAGUGUAAAAGCAGGGUUAGUCUCACACCUGCCAUUCUGUCACAUAAUACAUUUCUGACUCCUCCACCAUCCCAUCACACCCAUCCAACCCUUCAAAACUCCAGUCCUAACUGCAUGUGUUUAUAUCUGUAUUUAAGUGUGUCUCAGGCCCCACCUGAACACAGUCUGGCUGUCAUCUUUUAUCUCAAUAGAGAGAUUAAUAGCAGUUAGAUGUCCGCAGUCUUUCUCUGUAUAUCUGUGCUGUGCUGUAGUCUCUCUGCUGUUUUCUAUGUUGUGCCAAAAAAAAAAAAAGAAAAGAAAAAUGACCUCCAGCUUUCACAGAAAGACCCAGAGAGAGCAGGGUGAUAUUGAAAAAAAACAACAACUACAGAUAAGGCAGCAGUGCAUUUACCAAACGUCCCCAAACUAAAGCGAGGAGUGAUGAAGAGAGUGGAGGAGUGAGUUUGCGUCUCCAUGAAAGUCUCAGGUUAAUUUCCAAACGUUGUGGACAAUCUAUAAAAUGCUGUAAUUAAAGUAAGCAGGAGAGUAGAGGCUGUGUAAUUCUACCAGCAGAUCAUAAAGUGUUAGUAAGGACCUAAACACAGCUGGGCAUGUGGAUAAAAUAAGUGCUUGACCCGGUUUAGGUUUCAGACUGAGGACUUUCAGCUCUAUAAUAUACUGUUAAAUAUCCUCAUAGUUUAUGUAUGAUUGUUUAUGGCUCUCUCCUUACUGUAUUUGACUUUAAUAUUGUAUUGCUAAUAGUGUCUCGGGACUUUUUACCCUGUCACAACAUUAUAAUUGAAUUAAUUCCAUUGUCAUUAUAAUCGUCAAAGUAGCUGUUUUUUUUUUUGGUUUUUUUUAAUGGUACAGGAUAAACAGCUGACACCUCUCCGUCCAGUGAGCUCUAUUAUUUAGAAGCACAACAGAAAGAUGCACAACAGUCCAGCAGGUGAUUAGAGCCUUUAUUUACCUCAACCAAGUCUUUAUUUUCCAAGUUAAUGGGAAUAACACUUCCUCCAUGUUUCCAUGUUGUCUUCAUAAAUUUCAUCUUAUGUACAUUUUUAAAAAACACUACUUCCAUCAGUACAACAACACAAUCAUGUCUUCCAGUGUUUCCUUUAUUGGUCGGCUGAAAGCAUUGAGGUUCGUUGACUUAGCUCUCUAUGCGCCCGGUGUGGAUUUUGUGUCAUGGACGUGGCAAGAUGUAAAAACAUGACUCUAAUCAGUGUCAUCACAAAAUCGGGCUACAGUGAAAAAUGUCUUAAAAUCCCUGCUUAUUGAGACAGUCUUGAUUUAGCCAAGUCAAAUUCUGCUGUUAGUAGAUCUAUGAGUGAGUGUUUGGUAGUUUUCAUUUGUUUUCAUUCACUCCGGCCAUCCCGUUAAGCCAUGUGGCAUCACUUCUGGACGGGUUCUGGAUCCCUCAGUUUGUGUCACGGUGCUAAUCCUAAUGGUUGCGCACUGACCAAACAACAUUGAAGUUUCUGUCAGAAUAGACCAGGCCUCUGUGCUAACUUAUGUUAGCAUAGUAAGUGCAUGUGGGUUAGCAGCAUGCUAACCUGCUAACAAAAGUGAUCAUCAGUCUUCAGUUCAGACGCAGACCUGCUCGAAGCGUGCUGCUAGCUGGCCAAUAGCCAAGGGCCUAGCCUAGGUUUUCUUUUUUGUUAAAUGAUGGAUUUCAUUAUGUUCUAUUGAAAAAGUUUUACACAUUUUUAUAUUUUUAUAUAUAGAUUUUUUCUUUUCACAACCUCACCAAAACCGGCCUGAACUGCUUGUUAAAACAUACAUGGGGUGAAGAUUAGUCCGGCUUCUGUGUGCUCUCACUCCACCGGUCCUUUACAGAAGGCAUCAGCUCUUUUUAUUUAUUUAGAUUCCUCCCACAUAUAGCAUAAACAAGUACUAAUACUGAUGUGACACAAGUUUUUUUAUAUAUAUAUAUAUAUAUAUACAUAUAUAUAAAAAAAUGUCUUUAGUUUAAUUAUAUUUUGGUUGAUGCCGUGCCAUUAAUGGAGUUUGACCAAGUUGUACGAUUGUUUCUGGGGGUCCUCUGGUCUGUUAGUGAAGGAUAAUCCAUAACAAGCUGUGCAGUUCUAAAAAAAUAUAACUCACAGGGGCUUCAUACAUUAUUUACAUCCACACAGAGUGGAUUAUCCUUCUUGCUACAGUUCCAUGGCUGUAUUGAUUAUUCAUUGAGUAUAAUAAUAAAACGACAAUGUGGAAACUAUGUCACAGGUGUGGACAAAAACAAAAAGACUUGCAUCUCGACUUUGACUCGUGACUUAGACUUAAGCCUUUUGCCUUGGAAUGACUUUGGUAUCCUCCCUAAGCCCAAAUAUUAAACAUUAUGUUAUUAAAUAGCGCCAGCCGAUCAGUUCUUAAUUUGUCUGCCAACAGAUACACAUUUAAAUAAUCGGAUAGCAGCCAAUCGGGUAGCUUGAGCGGGAGAGAAAGAUGUUUGUCAUUGCAGAGCAGCAGACAGGCAAAUAAUGACAGUUGUGUGUGUGUUUAUAGACUCGAAAAGUGUAAGACUUUGACUUGACUUGGGCUCACUUGUGACUUGCAAAACAAAAUCUUUGUCCCACCUCUGAGUGGAUUUACAGCACACAUGUAGCUUAAGGCAGUGGUUCCCAACUGGAGGUUGGCGUCACAAGAUAGGUCUGAAGAAAAAACAUUACUGCUUCCCAAAAUUGUGUUUAUUUUGUUCUGCCUUGUCUCAAAUCUUAGAUUUGUUUGGAGAAACGUUGUUAAAGCUCCCCGUAGACUGUAGCUAAAUCAUCUGCCCACACUAACAGCUUCCUGUGAACUAGGGUUUAAAUCAAGCUAAAAGAAAGAGGCUGUUUAAAUUGAAUCUGCUUUCAGAGGCUAGCAGUUUCCUGCUACAUUUCAUGUCAGACUGUUCUUCACUCAUUUUCUUUCAUGUAUUGAUCACUUGUAAUUCCUUAGUGUACUUUUGACCUAUAGUUGUUAACAGGUAUGAUGUGUUAAAUAUGAGCUUUUGCUGGAAGUUACCUGUUUGACCUUCGUGGCCCUGAUCAGUUGAGUCUCCUUUCUGUAAUCAUGCAGUUCAUAAAAAGACUCGAGGCCAUACUGUGCUGUUGAAUCAGUUGUCUUUUAUUUUUGUAAAUGGCCAAAGUACUAGCAGUAUAGGUAAAUAUUUGUUGUAAUGUUGCUAUGAUUCUUAAUAUUAUGUGACCGAAAAGCACCAAAAGAUCAGAGGUAGUUUGACUGAAGCUGAAAGCAAAAAAAUCUCAAAUGUUUACUUGUUGUAAAUCCCAGUCAUGUCAAUGCCGUGGUAACUGACAUGCUAUAUUGGUGUGUGUAAAUAUAUAUGGGUGUGUGUGUGUGUGUUUGUGUGUAAAUGCUAACUCAGCUGGACCCUGCACGUUUGAGUAGACAAAUUAUGUCUAACUGCUGGGGUUUAAAUAUAUAAUUCAACAUUUUUAAACUAGGGCUCCUGUCAGUUGAGGUGUUUUGUGAGUGCCUGGGUGUGUGUGUGUGGGUGUGUAUUAUUGUUGUCAGGUGAAAAAAACAUGGUAACUCCAUUUUUGGGGAUUUUUAUUAUUUGACAUAAAGAGAAAAAUGAUCUCUUUAGGUUGACAAAAUUGUACAACCAUUCUCUCAAAACACACAUUCAAAACCUCAUUUAAAAAACAACCAAAAUAAUGAACCAGGGCAGUUUUUGUAGCUCAAAAUUUACAUUUUGGAGAUACUAAUUUGACAACAAUAGUAUGCAAGUGUGUAUGAGUGCUCGUGCCUUAUUUGUUUCCCCCCAAGUGAUCAUGUGAUUAGCCAUCAAAGUGCCAGUGUGCCCCUUCUGCCAUAGAUUAAAACGACACAAGGUGCGUUCAACAAAGCUUUGGUGUUUUGUCUGUUUGACAGUGUUCAAAACGGCACGUUAACAGGCUGAAUGGAAAACACAAAGGGAACAAUGGAGCUUCCAUCCAAACUUGACUUGUUGAACACAGCUCAGCUGUAAUGGAUGAUUGCAGGCUUGAGAAAUAUAACCUCAUUAGUACGAAAUCCGUAACUACUCAGAUUAAAAUCUGAUUUCUGAAAUUAAAUGCAAAAUUGUGAGAUUUAAAUCAGAUAAUUUUUAAAUUUAAUCUUUGACUUUUUACAAAUCAUAUCUGUCUUAAAUCUCAGGAUGAUCAGAUUCAUCUCAGACUUAUUUUAAAUUUCAGCAUGGCCCUUAUCCUCCUUUUAUUAUAAUUUACAAAUCUCGUGAGAAACCGCCUCAUCACUUUCAUAUUUAUGUUUGGCUUUUAUUUUAAGGCUACAUAUGUCUCUAUAUUUCUACAAUAUCCAGUCAAUUCAAUUAAUAAUGUAUCGCUCUCAAAUGUAUUUAAAUGAUGACCAUCCUUGUACAUCUAGGAUCAGUCACAGAUGUGUAAAAAUGUUACACAACCAAAUUCUGUCUCCACUAUAUAAUCCGACUAGGUGCCAACCGUUUUACAGUAUCUUUAAUUUUUACACUCAUUACCACAAAGUAUAAUUUCUGUUUUAUUUAAUUUCUCUUGUUCACUUGUUUCUCCUCAACUCUGCUUAUCGAUUACAGCCCUGUCUAAUCUAUGGAUCUUUGUACUGUAACUGUUUUCAUGGUGACGGUGAACAAUAUUUCUCUGUGGGAGAAAUUAUCUGGUUUUCAUGCAGAUUUAUUUGAUACUUAGUGAUCUUAUUUUCUUAUCUCUUUUUUUUCAUCCUUUACUUUUGAUAUGUUGUGGAUCCUAGUCUCAUAUAUGUAUGAUAUAAUGGUGAAAUACUGUAAUAUCAAUGUGUGCAAACAAUAAAGAAAUGGUGAAUGAAAACUUA